AUGGAGACUAUAGGAGGUGUGAGAUGGAGAAAGAAAGCUCUUAAGCCUAUUGAAACAAAGAGAAAAGCCGGAGAUGAGAGUGAAAUUGCAGCGGAGGAAGAGCCGUUAAGUCCGGCGGCGCGUUUGUUUCACGAACCAAGUUUCAAUGUACACAUCAUAGCAAUCAUGGGUUGCAAGACCCGAAUCUAUCCUCAAGUUGUUAAAGACAAGUUGGUGCACACUCUACUUAAGCACCCUCGUUUCUCUAGUUUGCAGGUAGUGGAUGAGAAAAAUGGCGGGAUAAUGAAAUGGGUUCAAACAGAAGUGAACUUAGACCACCACGUUAUAGUGCCAGACCUUGACCCUAACAUGGAGUCGCCAGACAAGUUCGUGGAAGACUACAUUUCCAACCUCAGCAAAUCCACCAUUGACAAAUCCAAACCCCUAUGGGAUCUCCACCUUCUCAACGUCAAAACCUCCGAAUCCGAGGCGGUCGGCAUUUUCAGAAUUCACCAUUCCCUCGGCGACGGCACGUCCCUCAUGUCUCUUUUACUCGCUUGUACGCGCAAAAUGUCCGAUCCCGAGGCAUUGCCGACUAUUCCGGUGAAGAAGAAUUCGGGUUCUGAUCAUAGCUCAGGAGGAUUGUGGCACUACUUGAUUGGGGUUUGGUCUGUUCUUGGGUUGGUUUGGAAUACUUUAGUUGAUGUUGUGAUGUUUAUAGCGACCGCAUUGUUCUUGAAGGACUCGCCGACACCGCUGAAGGGUCGGCCGGGUCUUGAGUUCACUCCUCGGCGAUUUGUUUUCCGGACAAUAAGUUUGGAUGAUAUGAAGUUGGUGAAGAAUGCAAUGAACAUGACUAUCAAUGAUGUUGCCCUGGGAAUUACACAAGCUGGUCUGUCUAAGUACCUUAACAGGAAAUAUGCUGAGUUGGGUAAGAAAGAUGAGGGAACAACAGAGAAGAGAAAUAAUCUCCCAAAAGAUAUUCGGUUACGAUCCACUCUUCUUAUUAACAUAAGACCAUCGUCUGGAAUUCAGGGUCUAGCUGAUAUGAUGGAGAAGGACGCAGAAGCAAAAUGGGGGAACUGGAUUGGUUAUGUGCUGCUCCCCUUCACCGUUGCAUUAAGAGAUGACCCAUUGGAUUAUGUUCGAGUAGCCAAGGCCACUGUUGAUCGGAAAAAGCGCACUCUUGAAGCUAUUUACACUUUUUCAAUUGCUGAGAUUGUUCUCAACUUUUUUGGCAUUAAGGCAGCAAGUGCUUUAUCGCACAAAGUAAUCACUCACACGACAAUGUGCUUCUCAAAUUUAGUCGGUCCACUCGAAGAAAUUGGGUUUUAUGGCCAUCCAAUGGCUUACCUUGCUCCAAGCUCUUAUGGCCAACCACACGCAUUGAUGAUUAACUUCCAAAGUUAUGGGAAGAAGAUGACCAUUGUUCUAUCUGUUGAUGAGAGUACUAUUCCUGAUCCCCACCAGCUCUGUGAUGAUAUUGUAGAAUCACUGAAACUCAUCAAAGCUGCUGUUCUAGCAAAAGGGCUUGUCAAGGAUGAUCAUUAG